GAAAGGAACAGGAAGGAGAAGAACAGCGAAGAGUGCGAUGGUUUGCAGACUCACCGAGAGCCAGAUUGCGAACGGAAAAGGAAGGAGAAGUACAGAGUAGUUUGCAGACUGUCAGAAAGCAUGAGUGCGAUGGGAAAAGGAAGGAGAAGAACAGUGAAGAGUACGACAGUUUGCAGACUCACAGAGAGCUCGAGUGCGAAAUGA